UCUGAGGUAGAUUGUGGAGGAGCGCAUUCGAGUAAAAACUGGAUUUACAAGGUGUAAUUAUUUUGAUUACGCUAUGGUAUAUACAAAAUGAAAGGGGGUGUUGAUAAUCAGUCUUACAUAAGUAAAAAACAUAAGUGUGCCACAUAUACCUAGAGGAAUUUCAGCUAUAUAGCCAUCGAGUGACAUCCUGUUUAGUUUAUUGGAACAUUACUGAUAUGAAGAUACGGAGUAUGAUAUACAAAACACAAUAUUGCAAAGGGACUCAAACAUGCUAAUGCCAGUAAUAACAGGUUUGGUGAUUUUCACUGUUGGCUAAGCCUCGCCUUUACUGUUAGCGCAAGCCUUAGUCCAAAGUGUCCCAUCAAUACCGGUACCCCAUGAAUCCAUUGUGAAAGACUCGACAUCACGACUGAGGCCAAGUCAUUCACGAGAUAGCUAAUCACGCCGAAGUGAUUCAUGUCGUCCCUGGUCUGUCGUCUCGCAGAAUCUAUCCUGAAGAACCCGCGUGGAUCACGACUGACUCACUCCAUCUCGUCAGUGUUUCAACCGAUGUGCCUGAUCUCAACUUCGGCACUCGUUCACCUUUUGUCUCCGGAGAUAUAAGCACGACUUGGGAUACUGAUAUAUCUACAGAUAUGGUUACGGCUGCCAGUGAUGAGACAAGGGAUGCCAUGACGGAGGAGGUAGUGGAAGGCGUCAGCAAGCGAGGGACAGUCGCCAACUGCUUCUGCGACGCCGACGAAGUUUAUGUCGAUGGCGUAUGUCAUCCAUAUCCUGAGGGAACUGUGGUCCACAUACGGGAUGAAAUGUACAAUCCUAUAAUUGUCCUGAAAAACAUGACAGAGAGGCGAGUGAUAAUAAAAGACCUGGAGUGCGACACAGAAAAUGAAGUCAUGAUGCUUAACUUCUCAAGAGGACAAUUUCGACUGAGAGACCGCGGUGACAUCGUGCUAUCGGAAGAAGCUGGGGAAUUCGAUGGUCUCCGCAUAAAAGAUUACUGCAUUACUCACUCUUUGGAUGAACACAGAAAACGCACCUGGACCGUGAAGGUGUGCGUGGACCCGCCAAAAAUACCACGAUGCUGUCCACCAGGCCAAGCCAUGAAGGACAAUGUGUGUCGGCCGGCUCGUACGCCAGAGCCUCUGGCACCCCCGACCUCUGCAGAUCCGUAUGGUCCAGCUAUAUCAUGGCCCCAUAUCAAGACCUAUGAAAAACCCCUCAACUGUAGCGUGGAAUCCAUGAAGGAUCUCCCACUGAUACCCGAAGUCUCCUACUUAGCAUCACACACCAGGGGCUUGGUUCACAUAUGGAAUGCUGAAGAGACCGAUUACAAGUUUCAGUACAGAUUCGAUCCCAAAUUCUGCGUUGACGGAAGGCAGAAUCUCAAUGGAUCGUCGUCUUAUUCAGUAAAGGUGUGCUUCGAAAGUCCUAUGGAGCAGUAUCAUAGAUUGUGUACCGAAAAGCUCUGUGUGCGAAAAUGCUGUGCAUUGGGAGAAAUAUUGGAUAAUGUUUUACACUUGUGUGUUCCGAGUUCAGCAGCAGAGUUUGCACCGCGUAUGAAUACAACCUCGUGAUAGGCAAACCCGUAUGUGACCGUUUCACACUUAUUAGAGACUUCAAAUUGUCACCCGACACGGGGCGUCUCGCCACAAGGAACAUAACUCUAUCACCGAUUGACUACUGCAUUGACAAGUUUUCUGAUCGAGAAGGCAACAUAAGUGACGGUGCCUUAACAUGCAUCAAUUUUAGUACAUGGAAGAAGGCUUGGGACAUCGUGUUCCCAAUCUGCAUGGCCAUUUCCCUGGUCUUCCUCCUUAUAAUCGUCGUCUGUUAUUGCGCAGCACCAAUAAUGCUAAAGAAUAAAGGAUGGUAUCACUUGUGUUAUGUGGUGUCACUUAUCAUUGCAUAUUUCUCUGAAAUCAUGUUACAGUUACCUAGCAGCGUUCGGCAGCCGAUAAUCUGUAUCGGAUUUGCCAUAUUAAUGCAGUUUGGAUAUCUAUCAGCAUUCUUCUGGCAUAGCGUCAUUUGUUUUGAUGUGUGGAGAACAUGCAGG